CUUGUAUAACUGGUGAUUUUUGUAUCUGGCAACACUGGUGAACGUAUUUAUACCACGAGUCACUCAAUUUGCACAGUGUUGAUAACUGGAUAGUUAUUAAAUAUACUAAUACGAACGCUGUAUUGUGUGUAUAAGUGUGUUCAGUUGACAGAAUGGCCACAGGUGUGCGCCAUACGUUAACGAGGAAAGUUAACUGACGUCCUCGUGCAAGCUAAUACAGGGCGCGAAAGCUCACCAAACGUUAGCAGGCCUGCAAACGAACGGUAGCAAACUGCAAGCUAGCUAAUUAACAGAGUCAUCGGUGCCAUUUUGUUUUCUGUCAGUUUUUGCCUGAGAAGUGCAUUCAGGUCGCCUUUUUUCAAAGAUGGAAACAGACCGACGUUUCAACUUCAAGCUUCUGGUGCCACCCAGGGUGAAUAACAACCAGGUGUCUGCUGUUAAACCCCAAUCAACUGUCGAUAAUGGAGCUGAACUGGGACCCAGUAAAUAUUUUGCCAAGGACCAAAACAAUAAAAAUGUUGUUGCACCAACUCAACCAACCAGACAAGAUUCCCUCAAGAUGAAAGUGGCCCCAACAGAAAAGGAGACAGAAUGCAUUCCCGGGCUGCUUUAUUCCAAAAUAUUUGACGAAGUGGAGAAAAUCAAAUGCUGGAAAGUCAAAGUCGACUGUGACGCUGUGCAAAGCGAGAGGAAACUUCAAGAGAACAAAAGAACGAUUGACAGUCAGCGCAAUGCAAUUAAAGAGCUGCAGUUUGAAAAUGAAAGUCUCAGCAUCAAGCUUGAAGAGCAGAUAAGCGAAAAUGAGGAUUUGACGAACAAAAACAAGGCAACCCGCAACCUGUGUAAUAUACUCAAGGAAACGUUUGAGCGGUCAGCUGAUAAAAUGCAAAUACUUGAAUGUGAAAGAGAGGAAACCCAUCACCUCCUAAUGGAAAAUAGUAACAAUGUUCAGAAAUUGAUUGAAGCAUUUGAUUGCCUUCGCAGUCAAGCUGAAGCUGAUCAGAAGGAGUUGCAGACAGUCAAAGAGGCCAUGCUGCAAUUUGAAGCGCUCAAAGAGGAAUAUCGUCAAGAAUACGCCAUGAAAGAAGAAGAAGUGUUGACAUUGAAGACGACUCUUCACGAUAAAGAAGGUGAACUCGAAAAGGUCAAGCAUUGCCUAAAUGAUGCUCAAGAUCAAUACAAACUACUUCAAGAGGCAACAAAUCAACAGAGUGAAGAUCUCAAAAAUUCAAAAAUGGAGCAGGAGUCCCUUUUGAAAAAACUGCAGUCUGCAGAGCAGUGCUGUAAAGAAAGUGAGACAAAUCGGCAAGACAUCGCUGCCAUGCUGAAAGAGAGCAAAGAGGAAUACGCACAGGUUGUCAGCAGCAAAGAUUUUAGCUUGCAGGAGCUCUGCAGGGUUAAAAACGAACAAGCUGAGAAGCUUGCUCUAGUUCAGGCAACCGUUCUGGAACUGCAGAAUGCAUUAGCCUUUGAGGAGCAGAGGUUGAAGGAAUGUGAAGCAAAGCUCAUGACAAACAACAAGGAACUGGAAAGGAGUAAAUUACUUUCAAAGACCAAAGAGCAAAGUGCAAGAAAAGAGGAGCAGAUCAGAAUCCUUGAAAGUGAAUUGGACAAAAGCAUGACAUCUAUGGAGCUCAUGAGAGGAAGAAACGAUGUUCUUGAGGUUACAGUUAACCAACUCCAAAUUGAACUUUCAGCAAAAGCCAAAACAGCCCAACUCAGCAUGAGUGAAGCAGAGAGUACAUUUGCAGAAAACGAGCGACUGAGGAAAGCUUGUGAAGCUGCUGAAAAAGCAGAAGAAGCUUCAAUGAAGAAGUGCAGCGAAAUGGAGAGCCAGUUAAAUGAGCUAAAGGAACAAUUGUUCAAUGAAAUUAAGAAAACAGAAGAGUGUAACAUUGUAUUGCUGCAACUCAAGGAAGAAAUCGUCCAGUAUCAGGCCAAGUACGAAGAACUGCUGUCUAACAUGAAUGAAACUCAGAACGAGAAGAAGGCUGUUCAGCAGCAGCUUGAGGGCAGCUCUUCUGAUGUGAAAGCUAUGGAGGCAAACCUGAAGGUUAGCGAGGAGAAAGCCGUGAAGCUCACAAAGCAUGUUCAGAGACUGGAAGGGGAAAACCAACAAUUAAGAGAGGAAGUACUCGCUAUUCCAGCCCUAAUCAAAGGGCAAUGUGAAGAAAAAUGUAUAAUGUUGCAGAAGAACAUGGACGACAACUAUGAGCAUAUACAGAAGAAAGUUACCAAAACAGAAAGCCGAGUUAAAGCUGCAGAAACAAAGCUCUCUAAUCUAAAGAAGAAAAUUGGAACCAACCGCAGAGCCCAAGGCGAAUACCAGAAAGAGAUAAAAAUGCUAAAGAAGCAAAUGGCAAAAGAGAUUGAGAAAUCUAGUCAACUUGAAAAUAAGGUAAGCAAUCUGCAUAAGGAGUCACAGAACCUCAAAAGACAGCAUCAGGAAAAGCAUCAGAAGCUCCUUCAAGAUUUAAAAUCAACAUCAUCAGUUGCAGCAGACCUUGACAACAAGAUACUACAUCUCAGAUCAGCAACAGCUGAGGCCAUCAAGAGCAAAGAGGACGCAGAACUCAAGUGUCAACACAAGACAGCAGAUAUGGUCGCACUGAUGGAAAAACACAAAAGCCAGUAUGAUCGCAUGGUAGAAGAAAAGGAUGCAGAGCUCGACAUGACAAAAAAGAGAGAGAUGGAGGCAGUUGCUUGCAGGAAGUCACUGGAGAUGGAUGUCUCCAAGUUUAAGAUUGAAAAUGCUCAAUUAAAGAAGCAGCUGAUGACAGAAAAGGGUAACUUUCAAAAGGAUUUAAGUGAUCUGAGAAAAGAAUUGUCAUCACUCAAGUUCUCUCGGCUGUCAGAAGAAAAGAGCAGGAAGUCCAGUGCCUUCAACACAAAUGAAGGGAGAUGUGCGGACACACCAAGAAGCGGCUCUUCAAACAUAAAUGUGUUUGACUACUCCAAGGAAAUGUGCUGCAAGGACUUGACUGCCCCAGGACAUGCAGCAAGCAGAGGUAGCAGAAUGUCAAAGAUCAAAACCUACAGAAUAAGGACGCCCCCUAGUGCCAGCAAGCUAAGAAACUUGGAGAAGAAAGCCAUCGAGCUGGAGCAGAAGUCUGACAGCUCUGAUCCAAACAGCCUUUGGACUUUGACAAGCACUUCAGAAGCCUGUUUUCCUGGUCGCCUCUCUAAAUGUAACUUGUUCAAAAAGGUAAAAAAAAGAAAAAACCCCACUGCUCAGAAGUCACCAGGAAGCACUCUGAAGUUAGCAGCCAUGAAGAGGAUGCGAGACGCUGGUUGGACCGCCGUUGUUGGCUGCAACAAAAAGAAGAAAAUGACUAAUGAAAAAAUAUUUGCAUAAGUAACACUUUUGCUCAUCCUAAUUAGAAAAAGCGGCAAUAUGUCACAAUUUCAUAUUGCAACUUUAAUGCGUUAAUGUGAUAGUGUCACAGUAGUAAGAAAAGUAGAUGUAGUGUAUGGGUAGUCGUAGAAGUGUAGCAUUAAUAUAUAUAGUUUAGUAGUAUUGGUGCUGAUUGUAGUAGUGCCAGUGUAUGACUCCAAUAGUAGUCAUCAAUUUUGCACAAGGUGAUAUUAGUGUCAGUAGUUGUGUAGAGUAUUUUUAACUACAGGGCUUGUUGGUAUAGUUAUGGUUUAAUGUUUACAUGCACUUUCAUAUUUUUGACAAUAAAAUGUAAAAGCAAUGUUCAUAUUAUUUUAGAGUCUGUAAUCUUUAAUACGAAAUGUAUUGGGUGAAUUCCUGCAAUUUUCAGAAUUGUUUGUUAAAAAAAACGUCAGAACUGAAAUUGGUCAGUAGCCGAGUGGUUAGCAUGUCACCAGUCGCGAGAUCAGGAAGAUCU